UGUUCUGUUUUAAAAGACAUUGUUUAAGUUGGCAAUAGCUUACUGCAAGGAAACAGGAAUUAUUUACUUAGCCACUGCACGUUAACCAAAAUGAUUGUGUGCAUUAUUUUGUGUUUGUUUGUUUCUUUCGCAUCAGCACAAAAAAACCCAAUAUCUAAUCUUCUAGGAGGUAUUCUUCAGACGGAUUUGCUACCAGCACAAACUUCAGAUGUCACAAAGUCGGGUCUUCUUGAGGGUAUUCUUCAAAGUGAUAUUUUAGCACAAAAAAAUGGUACAAAGCCAGGUCUUCUAGAUGGAAUUCUAAAAAAUGGUCUUUUAGCACCUAAAAAUAACACAGGUAACACGAUUUCAAGUCUUGUUGGUGGAAUAUUGCAAAAUGAUUUACUAGCACCUGAAAGUAAAAACAGCACAAAACCGAGUCUUGGUGGUAUUCUACAGGAGGGUCUAAGUCGACCUUUGACUUCGUUACUAUCAAAAAAUUCUCCGGUGUUCACCUUACUCCAGCCAUCCACAUUAGAAGAUAUUGUGCUAAAGCUUCUCGAGCUUCUGAAACCAUUGUUGCCUUUCAUCAACAUCUUGCUCCAACAUGUCACCGAGAUUCUUAUUGUGGUGAUCAACAACCUCGGGGACUUCCUCGACCAUUUAAUUGCGAUUUUGAAUGCUCUGCUACCUGACUGGAAAAACAUACUGCUUCAAUUGGUGCAAACCUUGCUACAGCUCUUGAAUGAAAUCCUGCCACAGCUACGCCCCCUUCUGAAAGAAGUGCUGAAGUUGGUCCAGGGAUUGCUGCAGUUCCUAUUUGACGGGAAUCUUUGUGACCUUGAUAAGGUGUUUGACAAGGUUGACCAAUUAUUGGCAAUCUAACACAUUAGAAACAAUUAAAAUGAAUAUAACUUUAAUAAAUGAGCAAUAUUGAAUGGUUUAUCACUGCUUUAUACUAUACUCAGUUAUCAAGAACAUGCCGGCUGUUGGAUUUUCUUUAUUUAUAGCCAAUUAGGCAGAUUCCCGUUUUUCUAAUUUUGUGGUUUAUGUAUAAUAUCAUUAUGUAACACUUUUAAUGAAUUAUGAAACAUGUCAUUUAAGUCUAAGACUGUACACGAAUAGCAUUUAUCAUUCUUGUUUUAGAUCAUAAAAAGCAUGUUAAGCAAUUACCUGUGGUUUUUUGGUAUUUUGUAAAUGAAAAAAAAACUUCUGUAAUAUAAAAAACGCUUUAGAAACCACCUCUUACCAUUCUCUAUUUUAUUUUCAAUGUAUGCAUUUUACAGUUGCAAUCAUCUGCAAAUCUUGCACACAUAAAUAAGUUAUAUGAUGUAAGUGUUUUAAAUACAUUUAUAAAAUAAUCUCUUAAAAUUCUUAUAAUUGAAAAUAAAUAAGUUUAGUGAGACUCAUAAGAUAAGUUUAAAUUCUCAUCUUAUCAGGGAGAGUUAUUUUGUAAAAGAUCAACACUUGGAAGGGACACCAUCGGACUAUCGAAUUAUGAUUAAAUCAUGAAGAGUAGUUACUGUAAGGACAAGUAUUUGUUUCAUACAGAACUUAUGCUUUGGUUGGUCUAAUGUCCAUUGAUGUCUAAUAGAAACAAGUCAUAAACGGACAAAUACCAAUCGUAACUUACUGAGCUACCUUAUGUCAACUAUACAUUGACAUUUUGAUGCGUAACAAAUUUAAAAUCGUUUUAAUAAUAUAUUCAUUGGUCAUAACAGUGUGUUUCAUUUCCUUUUGACCAUUUUGUCUUAAGAAAUCUUUUCAGAUAUAUUAAUUAUUAUAUUUUAAUUUAUUUUGCUUAAAUACACUGAAUUUGAG